UAAAAAUAAUUACCUAAAUACGUUAAAUUUAUUUUAUUUAGUUGGCAAGCCUAAUGAGCGUUCAACAUUUCCAAUAUUCGUCAAUAGGGUGCAUCUCGAGACACAUUCUUUUCUUUUCAUCAUGGCGGAUCUACAGGAAACCCCCGACAACGAAAAAAAAAUUGAAAAGAAGGUUGGAAAGGCCAAAAAGAAAGUGAGGAAAGAGCCGAAAGAUGCAUCCAAGAAUGUAAUGCGUGAAGUCCGCAUUCGUAAACUUUGUUUGAACAUUUGCGUGGGUGAAUCGGGUGAUAGACUCACUCGUGCUGCAAAGGUGUUAGAACAAUUAACCGGGCAACAACCUGUCUUUUCUAAAGCGAGAUACACCGUUCGUUCCUUUGGUAUUCGUCGUAAUGAAAAAAUUGCAGUGCAUUGUACAGUCAGAGGUGCUAAAGCGGAAGAAAUUCUAGAACGUGGUUUAAAGGUACGAGAAUACGAAUUGAGGAAAGAGAAUUUCUCUGGUACCGGAAACUUCGGUUUCGGCAUUCAAGAACACAUUGACUUAGGAAUUAAAUACGAUCCAAGCAUUGGUAUUUAUGGUUUGGACUUUUACGUUGUACUUGGACGUCCAGGUUUUAACGUAGCCCACAGAAGAAGAAAAACUGGAAAAGUCGGUUUCCAACACAGGCUUACUAAAGAAGAUGCUAUGAAAUGGUUCCAACAGAAGUAUGAUGGUAUUAUUAUAGCCGGAAAGAAGUAAUAUACACAUUUUGUAUUUUACGAUUGUUCCAUAAAAAAUCUAAAAACAAA